ACGGGUGUCGCCCCCACCUUCCCUGGCACGACAUCGAUCUCCGAUCUUCUCUCACUCCGGUUCCCGCGCACACCUUUCCGCAUCCGGCAGUCUAUGUCCAACCGAACUCAAACAUGCGCCCUAAUGAGCCCGCCCGGGCUACGUAACCUGAGUCCGCUAGUGAAUUCUGGAUUUCCUACGGGGUGUCACCCGAUCUACAUUCUUUCUUCACAGCCCAUCCACCGCCGCAAAGUCUGCCUAGCUUCGCUGUACCCCGCUGUCUGUAUCACCCCACCAUCCUCGUCGUGCGAGCCUCUCUCCAUAGGCUCUGGCAAUUUCUGGUAAUUUUUUUGCCAAAGAUUCACAUCGCAGGAGGGCAAUAUUAGCUUCCCGAUUUUUGCAAGCCAAAAGCCCCUCCCACCCCGCUAGCUAGAUACUCCUUGCUGCCAG